AUGGGACCAGGUUUCACAACUCGGUCUGUCCCCAAGGUCGCAAAAUGCUCAUCCUCUGACCGGUCAUUCAUUGGUCGUGCGAAGCUCGAACGAACGUGUGGUAUCAGGCAGUACAUACAAUGAGGGGUUUUGUGUUUUUGGCGUGUGUCUGCGCCGUGGCUUAUGGCCAAAUUUCCUCCGAUGAUUCAAUAAAUGCGAAUCAGAAGGAUGAGUUCAGUAUUGACGACAUAGCCGAUGCCGUGGAAAACAAUGAUUUUAGUAGUACAAAACUUCAAGAAGCAAGUGACGUAGGCGCAGCAAACCAAGAUAACGUCGCUGAACUACAAGAAACCGCCGAUGUCGGUGACGCAAGUCAAGACACUGCGAACUUAAAAGAAUCAAGCGACAUUGGAGGUGCUAGUCAAGAUACAGCAAGCUUCCAAGAGACAAGCGACGUCGGUGAUGCAAGUAUCUCCAACCUCGCUGAAUCGGGUGAUGUUGGUGAUGCAAGCCAAAUAUCCGGUGAAGGUGAACUCAGUAAAUUAACUGCCAGUGAUGACGCACAAGGUGGUGCAUCAGCAGCUGACCAAUACGAAGCACAAUCUGCACCAGUAUCUUUAAGCAGCAAAACGUGUAUUGAAAAAAAUGACCGGUAUUCGAUCCCUGGCAGCUGUGAUAGAUAUAUUGAAUGCUUGAAUGGCACUGCGGAGGAAAAGGUAUGUCCAGAUGGUCUUCGUUACAACCCAAAUGUGAAAUUCAACGUUUAUCCUUGCCAGUACCCCAUCGACGUCCCGUGUCUUGGACGAUCAGCCCUUCAACCAGCACAACCAACAACGGAAUGCCCACACCAAUUCGGAUACUUUAAAACUGGAGAUAAUCGCAACUGUGGCACAUUCAAAAACUGCGUAAAUGGUGUAGCCUACGAAUUCAAUUGCCCUGAGGGUCUUGCAUUUAGCUCUGAUACUUACCGGUGUGAAUGGCCUGAUCUAGUCUCUGAUUGUGAUGCUGAAGCUUUCCUUGGAUUCCGAUGCCCCGAGGUCCCCAUUUCCAAGGAACUUGGACCACCCGCUGGUUUCAGAUUUUAUAGAUCUCCUGAAGACUGUCAAAAAUACUUUAUAUGUAUCGACGGUAGGCCUCGUCGCCUAGCCUGCGGUGGAUAUACAGCUUUUGAUGAACUCAGCGAAUCUUGCGUUGCGGCUGAUGAGGUUUCCGCAUGUCCUCUUGAAUUAAGGAACAGCGCGGAACGUUCUAGAAAAGCUGAGUCACAAAGACUAACCGCCGAAAACAAAUUCGAGAAACUACGUCUUGGAGAUUUUACUACAGUAAAUCCAAACUAUAAUGACGACCGUAAAGAAGAGUUACAAGGACAAGAAGAUAAUUAUGAAAGCGAACCAAAACAAGACAUUGAGAAUGUAACGGAAGCAGAACAAGAGCAGGAAAUACCUCAGUAAAAUAUUUGUUAAAACUCACCUCGCGUAGGUUUUUGUAAAUAAAUUUAACUUCUUAACUUACUGUACAGCACAGCUCUAAGUAUUACAAUAUUGUUAAGUGUGUUACUAUGUUACUAAUGUCUGUGCAGCAGUCAAACAUAAUCUAAUGACUUUUAUAAUUAAAACAUUCCAA